AUGAAUACUGUUGAAAUUGAGAAAGUUGUACUUCGGCAAAGCAGCGAAGCAACUUCACCAAAUAAUAGGACACUUAUGGAAGUUCUUGCAAUGAAUAUUAUAGUCCUUGACUCCUGCAAUGAAAGGACCAAAUUGUAUUUUGGAGAGCGUCUUGCCUUGUAUUUUGCCUGGCUUGGUUGGUACACUAUCAUGCUGAUUCCUGCGGCUGUAUGUGGAUUCAUCGUCUUUAUAUACGGAUUAAUCUAUUUUGGAGAUAGCCAAGUGAGUAAGGAAGUCUGCAAUGCCCACACAAUAAUCAUGUGUCCGAGAUGUGAUCAGACGUGUCCAUUGUGGAGGCUUUCUGAUACAUGCUUCUAUGCAAAGGUUACACAGCUAUUUGAUCAAGAAAUAACAGUUUUCUUUGCUAUGUUCAUGGGAAUCUGGGCCACUGUGUUUUUGGAGUUGUGGAAACGAGCCCGAACAAAAGUUGUCAGCGAGUGGGAUUUGUACCACUGGGAUGAGGAUGAGGAGGAACUUGCUCUUGGGCUAAUAUAUGACCCUGAUGUGCCACCAACAAAAUAUCAGCAUUCGUACCUGCGAGCCACAAUAGUCCUCAUACUAGGAUUUCUUCUGAUUGUUGUUAUAAUCAGUAUCGCAUUUGGUAUUGUGAUAUUCCGAAUUGUGGUGAAUGUCAUACUAACAAAAACAUCAGUGGAUUUUGUGCAUGAACAUGCCAAUUCGCUAGCUGUUAUAAUUAGUGCUAUGCUGCACUUGGUGACGAUUAUUAUCAUGACUAAGGUCAAUUAUUUAGUUGCAAGGAAGCUGUCUGAGUUGGAAAGGAUGCGUACUGUGUUAGCCCGAGAAAACAGCUUCACUGUAAAAAUGUUCACAUUCCAGUUCUUCACAAUGUUUACUUCUAUUGUUUACAUCGCUUUUUUUCUGGGAAGGAUCAAUGGGCAUCCAGGUAAUUAUGCGAGAGUAGCUAACAAGUGGCGAUUAGAAGAGUGCCAUCCAAGUGGCUGCAUGGCGGAUCUUUUAAUUCAAAUGUCUAUGAUUAUGGUGUUGAAACAAUUGCUGAGCACCACUAUGGAGUAUACUAUUCCAAUCUUGAAGUUUAAGUGGAGGAAGAAAUCAAUGCGCUCAACAAAGAAAGUUGAGGACGUAACUAAACACUGGAUCAAAAAUUACAGUUUAAAUGAAUUCAACUCUUACUCAUUUUUCAAUGAGUUUUUAGAAAUGGCAAUUCAGUAUGGUUUUACCACAAUAUUUGUCGCAGCGUUCCCCUUGGCUCCAUUACUUGCAUUUUUAAAUAACCUAUUUGAAAUUCGAUUGGAUGCUAAAAAAAUGAUUUGGCUUCUCAGGCGACCGAUACCACGAAAAGCAAAAGAUAUUGGUAUAUGGUUGGACAUUCUGGAAGUAAUCGGUGUUCUUGCUAUUAUUGGAAAUGGCUUGGUAAUUUCCAUCACAUCAGAUUUCAUCCCUCGACAAGUGUACAAGUACGGUUAUGGUUAUUGUGCACAUCAAAAAAAAAGCAACAGUGACUGUCUAACUGGGUAUGUUAAUAACAGCCUCUCUGUAUUCCACCUGAAAGAUUUUGAGAAUAAAAUUCCUUUGGAUCAUGAAUUAGGGUUACUGGAACUUUCAACGAACCACUGCAGGUAUCGUGACUACAGAAAUGAAUACAACUAUGAGCAUACUGUCCAAUUCUGGCACAUUUUUGCUGCUCGUUUAGCCUUCCUCCUCUUAUUUGAGAAUAUUGCUAUUUGCAUCAAGUUCCUUGCAGCUUGGUUUAUCCCUGAUGUGCCAGUAUCAGUCCGAAAUCAAAAUCUGACAGACACAUAUGACCGAUUAAAGGAGGAGCUCAGGAUAUUAGCAUCAAGAAGUACAGCGGCUUCACACAAUACCAUGUGGCAUCAACAGUUAACUUCAUGAAAAAUAUGAAUAUAAUAUAA